GCGUCCUCGACGUUGCUAAGACAACCGACGCCAGCCAUGGCCUCUGGGGCGGGCAGGAGCUGGGGUCGCUCCCCACAACAGAGCACAGCCCUGGCGCCCUGGGUCACCGUCCUGCAGCCCCUCUCAUGGGCCAUCCCAUCUGCGCCCCUGCAGCCAGGCCGUGUGAAGGAAGACCUGCUGGAGCUGCUGAUGCUGCAGAACGCACAGAUGCACCAGCUGCUGCUGAGUCGCCUGGUGGCCGGGGCGCUGCAGCCCGGGCCCCCCUGGCCUUGCCCUCAGGUCUACCUGGAGGUUCCGAAGGAAGAGCCUGAGGAGGAGGAGGAGUUGGACACACAGGAGAAAGGGCCUUUGGUGUUUCACCACCACUACCUGUCCUACCCGAUGCCCUCCCCGAGUGCCCUGCUGCCCUGGCCAGCCCCCUUCUUCCCUGCUCCCACCUGUCAGACCCACUUGCAGGAUGUGCCCAGGAUUCAGCACUGGCCUCCUGCCUCCAGGGAAAGGGAGGCGAGGGCUGUGCCCCCACCCCCACCCCCCAGCGCCACAGGCACUGUGGGCGCCGAUGUACCCCCGGCUUCAGACUACUAUGAUGCCGAGAGCCUCCUGUGAGGACAGAUGCUGGCCCCGAGACCUGCACCGGCUUCAUGCUCCAGAUACAGCCUCAAGACCCUCCUGUACCUCUCUCUCCUCCUCUGUGCCCGUGGCUGGCAGUCCUUCUCCCUCCCUCAACCUCAACCAGGCCCUCUUCUCCUGGGGAAUCAGUCCUUGCUCCACCCCCAGGAGUCACUGGACGGGCCUAAUCUGUGCCAUGGUGUAAGAGCUCAGGCAGCACCCAGGCCCUUGAAGUCACAGCAGCCGCCUCUGCCUCACCGUCCGCCAGGAGCAGGGGGAGGCCUGGGAACACAGCCCCACCCCCCACCCCUCUCUCUGGGAUAAUGAAGUCUCCUUCCAGCCUAAUAAUAGAGCCCGAGGGGAGUGGGGGUUGCUUCUGUUUUCCACAGCUUUGAAGGCCCCUUGGAGGUGGCUGGAGGGGCCCAGAGUGGUGGGGGAGACCUGGGCCCCUACCCUUCAUCCCAGGAAGCAGUUCUGUUGGCAGAAAGGAGAGGUGGGAGCUUUGUCCUGAUGUGGCCAGGAGUGGCCUGAGGUCUCCUGGGGCCAGGUGGGAACACAGUGUCCUCUGCCCACUGGGCCCGGGUGUUUUCCCCAUCCUCCCUCAGUAGGAAUGAGCUACUUAGGCCAGAUGGGGGCCUGGGUGGGAAGGGAGGCAUCUGGGGAAAGGAGUACCCCCAUGGUGGCUCCCCUCCCUGGCUGUUGUCAUCCCUGGAGGAGACACUGUGGGCACAGGGCUACGUCCAGGUGUGUGUAUUCAGGCUAGAAAAGGCAAUGUCCCUAGAGUCCUCUGCUGCCUGUCACAAUCCUUCGCCCAGAGCUGGACCUCAACUCUGAGGAGCCACACUGAGUUCCAAUGGUCACCAUGGCGGUAGCCACAUCACUCAUGCCUGCUGUGCCCAGAAGGCCUGGGGCAGCCUCCUCCAAGCCGCUCGCACCCCGUAGGUGCCCGUCCGCCGCUGGCGCCAGUGCUGGCUGAAGAUGAAGCAGAGCAGGAUGGAUGAUACGAACAGGAACAGCAGCACUGACACCACCGUGACGAUGAUGACCAUCUGGCUGUCUGGGACGGGCUCUGGGGAUGGAAGGGCAAGGGUCUUAGACAUCCCGUGAUCCCAGGUACCAAGUACCAGAAGAGAGCGGAACUUGACCCCCUACCUGGCCCCCAGCCCCUGCUGCCCGCUCAUCCAUCCUGCAGUCACCUCAGGUUGUAGAGAUGAGUGGCAAAUAGUGUCUGCAUUAAAAUUAUUAUCUGGAAGAAAGGUGGCCCUGGGCUCAGGCUACCAGCAGACUUCUGUGAGACUGUGAGGGCCGAUGUCCCCUUGUCAGCAGCCCUGGGACCAAUAUAUAGCUGCUGGACACCAUGGCCUGGAGGGUGGCAUGGUCCCAGCCAAGCCGCUUCUCAGGCAGAGCCAAGUGAGUUCAUGCCAAUCACCCUGAAGACAGGGAACGUGCCGGCCAUCCAGAGUCACUGAACAGCAGAGCUCCGGGGACCUUGGGGUCAGUCAGGCCAAACUUCUCAUUGUAGAGAGAAGCCAAGGCCAGGAAGAGCAGUCGAGGUCAUGGGCUCCAUGGUGGCUGAGGAACUAGUUGAGCUCUCCUGACCUCUGGAAUAGUUGGGGCCCUCCUGACCUCUGGAAAAGCUAGGGAUGCAGAGAGAACUUCAGGGAAGAGGGAGAGUAAGAGGGAAGCCUGGGGCAAAGGCUGGGGUCCUGGGUGUUUUCUUCCCAAGUUGGGCUCGAGGUUUUUCUUCCCCAAGGGGCUGAGAGUGGCUUCUCACUCCCCCUCCAUCCGUGGAGCCCCCUCACCAUAGAUCUUCAGCAUCUGAGGUUCCGAGUGUUUGUGAAAGAUGUCGCCACCGCGAGACAGCAAGUCCAGCACGGCCAGGCAGGAGAAGUUGCGGUGACGGUCCUCUCUGUGAGCCGUGCUACUGAAUGUGGCUGUGGCCUCCUGCAGGGCAGGGGCUCCCUUCCCGAAGGUCUGACUGUGCAGAGUCUCAUUGCCACGGAACAGGAAGAGGGUGAGGCUGUCCAGGGGCUCCACGGCGGGAACCCUGCACUCAAUGGUGAAGGACUUGCCCACGGCUACCCACGUGGGCUGCAGUGUCAGGAUGACCUGUGUUGGAGGCUCUACAGGAUACAAAGGAGGGAGGUCCGGUCAGGAUGGGGGUGCUGUCCCAGUAGCCUCCCCCCAGCCAGGGCCAUCUCCUGUCACUGUGGUAUGCCACGGUGCGGGAGGAGGUGGCCUGGGCCUCUCCAGUGCAGAGGAAGAGGGUGGUGGUUGAGGAUGAAGGCUGGACUGGGUGAGUUUCACAGACAUGAUGGUUUCGGGUGACCAGGCAUUCAUGAGGACAAGGUUCAGAAAUGUACAGCCAGCUGGAAAGACAUAAAAGUUUGGGCCUGUCUCCCUCUCCUUCAGAAACGAAAUACAGAUUUCAAAAAUUAAACAGGUGAUGACGUUGA